GGAGACGCAGCAUCACACAACUCCCAUGAAUCUCAGCUAGUCCUUCACUCUAUUGGUUUCUCUACUGUUUGUUUGGCAAUUUCGGAACUGAAAGUGACUUGAAAGUCAUCAGAGAUGUCUUACAGUAAUUAGUCGUCUUUGUAGCUGUGGCGGGGGCUUUGAAUGGUGAUGAGGGCUUUGUGUGAGGGAUGGUUGGCUCCUUUUGUAGCCCACCUCGGUCUGCCCCGGAGAGGGAGGGAUAAACGAGAGCGAGGGGCUGGAGGCAGCUGUCACUUAACAUGUGAAUGUUCGGGAGCAGCCUGGGAGUCUUUAGAAAGCUUUUUAUCCUCCUCGUUUUCAUUUGAAGCAGAGUUUGUGAGCCAAAAGAGGAGCUGGGGGAGGGGCUAACACUGGGAGGAAAAGAGGGAGGUGAAGGGACUGCUCCUCUGUCUAAAUGCCUGGCACAAGAGUUCACACAACAGGCUGCCGACUUACGGACCUGCCUUAACUCUAUCAAAACCACCGGAUGGGGAACACCUGCUUUCCUGGAGCUUGGAAAACACAGCAUACAGGACUUUUCUAGCAGCUGAAUGUCCCGUCGGUUGCCUCAACAAGGAAUUCCUCUAUGGGACUGUGCACAACAAAGGCAAGAGAGAGAGAAUACCGCUGACGGGAGGGGGCAGCCGGAGGGAGAGAGGGACAUUGUUUGCUUGUGGCUGUGGGUGACGGAAAAGCAUGGGUUCAUCUUGCAUAAAGUGUGUGUGUGUGUGUGUGUGUGUGAGAGUGUGUGUGUGUUUAAACCGGGAUUUGUGAGCAAGUGAGGUCCUGUUUGAGCAAGUGAAUGUGAAGGUUUCGCAUGUUUAUACGUCUGGAAAGGAAGGCCACUCAAAGGAUGCUGAGAGAGGACAGGUUUUUUGUUCUCCUGUUUGAAUGAUGACGGAGGAACUUGUGGAAUUGUUCGUUUGGCCGUUUGUCCUCCUCUAUGCACGGGGGUAAGUAAGUAUGCACCCCAACCGACACAACCGCCACCUCUUUCUGGACUCAUUCAAACUUUCUCACUGAAACCAGCAGCUGUUUUGGAUGCAGCCAGACAGUGAUGCUAUCAGAACCACUUACAUUUCACUGAAGGCGAUUGUGGCACAAAUUUGGUACGGGCAGAAACACCUUACGAGGAUUUGGAUGUAAUUUGUUAAUUUCACUGUACUGUAGUUUAGGCGAUGCCUGUAUGUAUGGCACAGGGACCCAAUUAUCCCGUGGAUUGAAGAAUUAUGGGUAACCUCAUUAGCAGACCUAGCUGUUUGGGACAAAAGUCCAAACAAGUUAAGUCAGAGGAGAGCGUCUUGAAAGAGUGCUACCAGCAAAGGAGAGAAUGGCCGCUCCCAGAGCCUCCUAAAGAAGAAACAAGGAAAGAGGAUGUGGAAGAGGUUCUUCGACAAACUCCAACACCAGACAAGCAGAGGAGUUCCCCAGCCCCUACUGUCACCACUACCAGCACUCUGGACAAUGCCUGGCGAAGCACUCCGUCCCCGGUAAAAACACCAAGAAAUGAUUCUUUGCCCAGAAGGUGUAAUAUUCCAGAGCAUAGAAGGUCCCCCCUGAGUCAGUAUGGAUCCGUGGACAGGAGAGCCAGCCUGCAGAGAAGGGAUUCUGGAAGUCCCUGGUCUUGGAAGCCUCUAAACACUCGAGAGGUCACUGAAGUUACAGAGGUGACAGAGACAAUUGUUACAGAGAUUGUAGAGGUGACAGAGUAUCCUUCUGCGGGGAAAGGAGGUGACCCUAUUGUUACUAGAACUGUUAGAGUCCUUACUGGAGCUGCUGAGGAACUUGCAGAGCUGCAGAGUGAUGGUCAAUCAAGUUCAGACCAGGAAUCAAGUCUAGAUCAAUGGAAGGAUGGCAGAAGUGUUUUGGCUCUGAAAGAUGAGUUCAGGGAUCCGCUGAAAUUCCAGCAAAAUCUGGAGACGCUGCUGACGUGGGUCUGCGAGAUUGAGGAGCUGACAGCCAAUCAAAAACCACCAUCCUCAGAGUUUAAAGUUGUGAAAGCGCAGCUGCAAGAACAGAAGCUCUUACAGCGCCUCCUAGAGGACAGGAGACCCAGUAUGGAGACCAUGAUGCAGGAGGGUCCACACCUGGCAGAGGGGCUUCAGGGAAAUGACAGUGAAAAGACCAAAGUGCAGCUUGCACAGCUCAAGCUCAAGUGGGAGGCUCUACUUCAGGGCGCCAACAGCAGACACAGGACUCUGGAGGACAUUCUGCCAAGAGCUCAGCUAUUCCAGGAGAGGACAGACAGACUUCAGCAAUGGCUUAUUUCUGUGGAUCAGGACUUAGCUGAGCUCGCUCCGCAGAGAGAGGGAUGCUCCAUCUGCAGGAAGCCACAGGACAGGCCAAGGCGGUCAUGGAAGAGAUAAAAGCUAAGAGUGUUGACCUGGGGAAACUCCAACAAUGUGCUCAUGAGCUCAUGGAAAAGAUUUCAGAGGAGGAAACCCAGCUGGUGCAGGAGCAGGUAGACAGUCUGCGUAUCCGGUACUCAGUGAUGAGUCUGGGUAGUGCUGAUGUCCUGCAGAGGCUGGAACAGGCUUUGGAGGCAUCUAGUCGAUGUACCUCCAGUCAGGAAGAC